AUGGUUGGUAUGGGGAAUAUAGAGAAGUUUGGCCUCAAAAGGCCUAUGGAAGGUCCUUUAUUGUUAAAGAACACAAAGAGUAAGGCCCCUGUUUUGGACAUUGGAACCUUGGACAGUGGCCGUGUUGAGCUUGUUAAUGGUUCUGAAAAGGAAACUGUAGAAUCUGAGAAUGAAGGCAAAGCUAGUAAAGAAUCCGAAAGUGGAACUUCUGGUACUUUUGAAUUGAGUAAAGAAAUCCCUAAAGUCUCUAGAAACAAUUUAGAUAGUCGUGUUGAGAAUAUAAAAAACCAGAGAAACCAAAAAAAUCUCGUAUGA